CUCGGGGGCCUCGGGCCGCUGGGCGAGUUCCUGCCGCCACCCGAGUGCCCGGUGUUCGAGCCCAGCUGGGAGGAGUUCGCCGACCCAUUCGCCUUCAUCCACAAGAUCCGGCCCAUCGCUGAGCAGACAGGCAUCUGCAAGGUGCGGCCGCCGCGGGAUUGGCACCCACCAUUUGCAUGUGAUGUGGACAAGCUUCACUUCACGCCCCGGAUCCAGAGGCUGAACGAGUUGGAGGCUCAAACCCGUGUGAAACUGAAUUUCCUGGACCAGAUUGCAAAGUACUGGGAGCUGCAGGGAAGUACUCUGAAGAUCCCGCACGUGGAGAGGAAGAUCCUGGACUUGUUUCAGCUCAACAAGUUAGUUGCAGAAGAAGGUGGAUUUGCAGUUGUUUGCAAGGAUAGAAAAUGGACCAAAAUUGCCACCAAGAUGGGGUUUGCUCCUGGCAAAGGCGCGGGAUCCCACAUCAGAGGGCAUUACGGGCGAAUCCUCCACCCCUACAACCUGUUCUUGUCUGGAGACAGUUUGAGGUGUCUGCAGAAGCCAAACCUGGCCACAGACACGAAGGACAAGGAGUAUAAGCCCCAUGAUAUUCCCCAGAGGCAGUCUGUGCAGCCCGUGGAAACCUGCCCCCAAGCCCGGCAAGCAAAGCGCAUGCGAGCAGAGGCCAUGAAUAUUAAAAUAGAACCAGAAGAGACAACAGAAGCCAGAACUCACAAUCUGAGACGUCGAAUGGGUUGUCCAACUCCGAAAUAUGAAAACAAGAAAGACAUGAAGAGCAGCAUCAAGCAAGAACCCAUUGAGAAGAAAGAGCACCUUCUAGAAAGUGAGAGGGAGAAACCCAAGAGUCGACCUAAGAAAACCACCAGUGCUGUGGACCUGUACGUCUGCCUCUUGUGUGGCAGCAGCAGCGAGGAGGACCGGCUGCUCCUGUGUGAUGGGUGUGAAGACAGCUACCACACCUUCUGCUUGGUCCCGCCCCUGCACCGCGUGCCCAAGGGAGACUGGCGGUGCCCUAAGUGCGUGGCCCAGGAGUGUAGUAAGCCACAAGAAGCAUUUGGCUUUGAGCAAGCAGCCAGAGACUAUACCCUCCGAGCUUUUGGGGAAAUGGCAGAUGCGUUCAAGUCUGACUACUUCAACAUGCCAGUCCACAUGGUUCCCACCAAACUGGUUGAGAAGGAAUUUUGGCAGCUGGUCAGCACGAUUGAGGAAGACGUCACUGUCGAGUACGGAGCCGAUAUUGCCUCCAAGGAGUUUGGCAGUGGCUUCCCUGUCCGCGACGGGAAGGUCAAACUCUCCCCUGAGGAGGAGGAAUAUCUGGACAGCGGCUGGAACUUGAACAACAUGCCGGUGAUGGAGCAGUCGGUCCUGGCCCACAUCACGGCCGACAUCUGCGGCAUGAAGCUGCCCUGGCUGUACGUGGGCAUGUGUUUCUCCUCCUUCUGCUGGCACAUCGAGGACCACUGGAGCUACUCCAUCAACUACCUGCACUGGGGUGAGCCCAAAACCUGGUACGGCGUCCCCGGGUCCGCGGCCGAGCAGCUGGAGAGCGUCAUGAAGAGGCUGGCGCCCGAGCUCUUCGUGUCCCAGCCGGACCUGCUGCACCAGCUGGUGACCAUCAUGAACCCCAACACCCUGAUGACGGAAGUGCCUGCUGUUUACCGGACGAACCAGUGUGCCGGGGAGUUUGUGAUCACGUUCCCGAGGGCCUACCACAGCGGCUUCAACCAAGGCUUUAACUUCGCCGAGGCCGUCAACUUCUGCACGGUGGACUGGCUGCCCCUGGGCCGCCAGUGCGUGGAGCACUACCGCCUGCUGCACCGCUACUGCGUGUUCUCCCACGACGAGAUGAUCUGCCGCAUGGCCGCCAAGGCCGGCGUGCUGGACGUGGUCGCGGCUUCCGCCGUCCAGAAGGAUAUGGCCAUCAUGAUCGAGGACGAGCGAGCUCUCCGAGAGACCGUCCGCAAACUGGGAGUAAUUGAUUCGGAAAGAAUGGCUUUUGAGCUGUUGCCGGACGAUGAGCGUCAGUGCAUAAAGUGCAAGACGACGUGCUUCAUGUCGGCCGUGUCCUGUGCCUGCAAGCCCGGCCUGCUGGUGUGCCUGCACCACGUGCCCGAGCUGUGCUCCUGUCCUCCUGGCAAAUACAAGCUGCUAUACAGAUACACUCUAGACGACCUCUACCCCAUGAUGAAUGCACUGAAGCUGCGAGCCGAGUCCUACAAUGAAUGGGCCGUGACUGUGAACGAAGCUCUGGAGGCAAAGAUCAGCAAGAAGAAGAGCCUCGCCAGCUUGAAGGCUCUGAUGGAAGAGUCAGAGAUGAAGAAGUUCCCGGACAACGACCUCCUGCGCCACCUGCGCUUGGUCACGCAGGACGCGGAGAAGUGUGCCUCUGUGGCCCAGCAGCUGCUCAGCGGGAAAAGGCAGACCAGAUUCCGAUCUGGGGGAGGAAAGUCCCCGAACCAGCUGACGGUGAGCGAGCUCCGGCAGUUCGUGACACAGCUGUACGCGCUCCCCUGCGCCCUCAGCCAGGCACCGCUGCUGAAGGACCUUCUGAGCCGCGUGGAAGAUUUCCAGCAGCAGAGCCAGAAGCUGCUCUCCGAGGAGGCGCCCCGUGCGGCCGAGCUGCAGGAGCUGCUGGACGUGAGCUUUGAGUUUGACGUGGACCUCCCGCAGCUCACGGAGGUGCGCGUCCGCCUGGAGCAGGCCCGCUGGCUGGAGGAGGUGCAGCAGGCGUGCCUGGACCCCAGCUCCCUCACCUUAGGUGAUAUGAGGCGCCUCAUAGACCUGGGGGUGGGCCUGGCCCCGUACGCAGCCGUGGAGAAAGCCAUGGCCAGGCUCCAGGAGCUGCUCACAGUGUCUGAGCACUGGGAGGACAAGGCCAAGAGCCUGCUCAGAGCCAGGCCCCGGCAGUCGCUGACCAGCCUGGCCACGGCCUUGAAGAAGAUGGAGGAGAUCCCCACCUACCUGCCCAGCGGGGCGGUUCUGAAGGACUCGGUGCAGAGAGCCAGGGACUGGCUGCAGGAUGUGGAGGCCCUGCAGGCUGGAGGGCGUGUGCCCGUGUUGGACAUGCUGGUGGAGCUGGUCGCGCGAGGCCGCUGCAUCCCCGUGCACCUGAGCCCCCUGCCACGGCUGGAGUCCCUCGUAGCUGAGGUCCAGGCCUGGAAGGAAUGUGCUGCCAACACAUUCUUGAUGGAGAACUCUCCGUACUCCCUCCUGGAGGUGCUGUGUCCUCGCUGUGAUAUCGGCCUUUUGGGAUCAAAGCAGAAGCAGAGGAAGUUCAAGAAGCCCUUGCCCAACGGGAAGAAGCGGAGCAGGCGGCUGGAGAGCCUGAGCGACCUGGAACGGGCCCUGGCCGAGAGCAAGGAGACGGCCUCAGCUAUGGCGGCCCUGGGGGAAGCCCGCCUUUGGGAGAUGGAGGCCCUGCAGUCCCUCCGCCUGGCCAAUGAGGGGAAGCUGCUGGCGCCCGGCCAGGAAGCGGAGACGAAGGUCUGCCUGUGCCAGAAGGCCCCGGCCGCCCCGAUGGUCCAGUGCGAGCUCUGCCGGGACAUAUUGCCUGAGGGCGAGGACUCUUACCUCUCCUUGCCACCUUGGCUAGGUGCUCCACCAACAGUCAACAAUGAUAACCAAGAUGACUUAGGAAAAGGUGUGCUUUCCAGCCAGUAG